CUCAGAACGAUCAUGACAGACAUCAGUGUUCUAAUUCGGAUUUGUAUAUUCCAUAGCGAACUUGUUGAGGUUCGGCCCACCAGCUUCUUCAAGGAGUUCGACUGUUGACUCUAGGUUUUCGCAAAGAUGCCGAGCGCUGGUUUGGGAAGGGGGUUGGCAACGCCUCUGCUGGUCAUUAACUUCUGCCUGUACCUGAUCGCGGCCUGCUUAGCAGGAUGGGCGUUGAACAGGAACUUUGAUGCAGGGAUUGGCCAAGGUGAAGGCGCUGUAGGCAACAAUGUGACACAGGGCUUUUUCUUGCCGGUUACACUGAUUGCCUGCAUGGUGGGACUCGCAUCAUGCUUGGCUGGAAUCCACCACAUGCGUCUGUUCAGGAGUGAAUCUUUGGCCGCAGCUGCUGCUACCUCGUUGAUCGCAUGGCUCCUAGUUUUGCUCGCAAUGGGAUUAGCAUGCAAGCAGAUUCAUACUGGUGGCAACCGUCCCAACAGACUGAAAGUUGUGGAGGCCUUUAUCAUCAUCUUGGCUUUGUUCGAGCUGUUGUACCUGCUCUCUCUCCAUUUGGGAUUCGGAAGGGCUGGCCACAACCACGGAACUGGAGCUGGAACCGGAGCUGGAAUCGGAAUGGCUGGCCAUGCUCAUAACCACCACACCGAUUACGGCCACCACACCGACAUGAAGAUCCCUGUUGGCCAUGUGCAAAACCCAGCUCACCCUGGCUACUGAGCACCACUUCAUCUUUCCUGUUUGUUUGCAGUUGUUUCAGAUUCUUCUAUGUAUUCCUAUGUAGUUCUGGGUGACGGCUUUUAUGAGGACAGUCUUUGCUCCACUGAACUGUAAGAUAUCUUUGUAGAUAAAAAGAAAAUCUUCUAGCUCAGAUUGUUUUUGUUCUCGUGGACAAAUCUGAACUUUACCAAUACAUCAACUUGGGCUCUUCGAAUGUGCAUUGUUUCAUUGUUUU